AUGCAUCAUUUUGCUGAUGAAAUUUCUGCUUCAUCAUCUUCCACAAAUAUAAAUCAUGCAACUAAGACUACCGACGAGGCUACUGAUCAAUCAUUUGCUGGAGAGUUCUGGGAGGAUAUGAAAAGUAACGUGCAGUUGCAAAAAGAUCAAAUAGAGGCAACCUUCUUAACGACUAAGGAUUUAUCAAACCGAAAGAACGCCUGGGUUGGUAAGCAGCAGCUUCGAGAAGCAAGGCACAAGCAGUUGAUUAUCUCCUUUUAUUUAGUUGCUGGUGCUAUAUUAGGAACUCUUACCAAAGUAAAUGAUGAAACAUUUGGGUCUCUUGGAUAUACAUAUACUGUCAUUGCUGUUUCUCUACUUGCAAGGAUUGCAGCUUUGAGAUCAUUUUCUAUGGAUAAAUUACAAUACUGGAGGGAGAGUGCAUCAGGGAUUAGUAGUCUAGCUCAUUUUUUAUCAAAGAUACAUAUGAUCUUUUCAGUACUUAGUCCAAACCUCUUGUUUACCCUAUCCAUGUUCUACUUCUUUAGCAAUCCAAGGUCAAGCUUCGGAAGUAAUUACGCGGUUUUGGUGUGCCUUGUGUAUUGUGUAACUGGCAUGGCUUAUGCAUUAGCAAUUUAUUUCGAGCCUGCUCCUGCUCAGCUGUGCUUUCUCCCUGUUGUUAUGACUCUCAUUUCAAACCAGAAAAGAGAUACUCUCUCUAUGAAAAUCCUUAUAAAAAUGUGUUACCCAAAUUGGGCUUUGGAGGCCUUUAUUAUUGCAAAUGCUGAAAGGAAUUUCUAUUUUUUCUUCAGGUACACUGGGGUGUGGUUGAUAACUCGUUGUAGUUCACUGAUGAAUAGCAGUUAUAACUUUGCCCGAAUUGUGGCGUUCAUUUGUCUCAUGAUCACCCAAAAGAAGUGA